AUGGAUUCCGGUGAAGCACUGGCAGCACCACUCCACGUCCUCUUCUUCCCCUUCUUAGCUCCCAGCCACAUGCUCCCAUUGCUCGACAUCGCACGUCUCUUCUCUAACCACGGCGUUAAGGUCUCCAUCGUCACUACCCCCGGCAACGCCCACCUUGUCCACCCUCUCCUCCACCACUCCCUCCACCUCAUCCCCUUCCCUUCAUCCACCUUCAACCUCCCCUCCGGCUGCGAGAACCUCACCGUCCUCCCUCUCUCCCUCACCACCAACUUCUUCUCGGCCGUCUUCUCCCUCCGCGACCCUCUCUCCCACCUCCUCUCCACUCUCCACCCUGACGCCAUCGUCUCCGACUCCAACAACCUCUUCGCCCACUGCGUCGUCAACGACCUCGCUUUCCACCGUCCCUACGACUCUAUCUCCGACCCUUCUCUUCCCUUCUCCAUCCCCGGCUUCCCUCACUCCGUCCAUCUCAUCCGCUCUCAGCUCCCGGAGCUCUUCGACUACCCUCCCAUGCUCGACUGUAUCCGUGACGCCGAGCGUUCAAGCCGCGCCGUCAUCCUCAACUCCUUCUCCGCUCUCGAGGCUGACUACGUCGAACACUACUACAAUCUCGGCCAUCUUCGGCGCAACCUCUUCCUCCUCGGCCCCGUCUCCAUUGCCGGCCAGCCGGUGAAGAAAGAGAAGAAGAUGGAGCCGUGCUUGGAGCGCUGGCUAGACAAGAAGGAGGAUGGCUCGGUAAUUUACGUAGCGUUCGGGACGAUGGGGAGGAUGAAGGAGGAGCAGAUAAAGGAGCUGGCUUUGGGGUUGGAGAUCUCCGGCGAGCGUUUUGUUUGGGCUCUGGGAUCCGGCGAGGUGGAGGAGUGGAUCCCGGAGGGGUUUGAGAAGAGGGUGGAGGGACGUGGGUUGGUGCUGCGUGGGUGGGCCCCCCAAACGGAGAUCUUGAGCCAUGCUGCCGUCGACGGCUUCAUGAGCCACUGUGGGUGGAACUCCGUCCUUGAGGCGGUGACCGCCGGCGUGCCGUUGAUCACUUGGCCGAUUCAUUCGGAGCAGUUUGUUAACGAGAAGAUGGUGGUGGAGGUGGUGAAGGUGGGGGUUCCGGCGUGGGAGGGGGUUAAGAGUGUCAAGGAGGAGGAGAAGGUGGUGGUGCCUGCGGAGACGGUGGCUGCGGCGGUGAAGAGGUUGAUGGGUUCCGGCGAGGAGGUGGUGGCGAUGAGGAAGAGGGUGGCGGAGUUGGCUCAGCUUGCGAGGAAGGCCGUGGCAGAGGGUGGCACGUCGCAUGCAGAUCUCAGCCGUUUGAUUGAUGGGCUCAUUGCGAUUCGCAAUGAACACCGUCAGAUCAAAGGCUAGUUUGGUCUUAUUAGACUUCAUGACACUGAUUGUGUUACUGAAUAAUAAUAAUCAUAAUAAUAUUAAGGGCCUUUUCUUCUAAA